GGAGACGAAGCGCCAGGGAGGGCAUGUCCGGGGCGCCGGAGACGCCAGGCCCGAGUAGCUCCUCCAUGGAGCCUGUCCAGAGCGGUCCUUGCUCACCGGAUUCGCCCCCAGCCCAGUGUGGCUGCUGAGAGCGCUCCUUGCUCUGUAAAGUGGAUGUCAGGUGGAUCUAUGUUUUUGAAGGAACAAAGACUCAGCGAAGGCACCGCCGAGGAAGUUUGAGACGCGGGAGGAUGCAGGCUGCGUGCUGGUGCGUGGUUCUCCUCCUGCAGCCCACAGUCUACUUGGUCACAUGUGCCAAUUUAACAAAUGGUGGAAAGUCAGAACUUCUAAAAUCAGGAAGCAGCAAAUCCACACUAAAGCACAUAUGGACAGAAAGCAGCAAAGACUUGUCUAUCAGCCGACUCCUGUCACAGACUUUUCGUGGCAAAGAAAAUGAUACAGAUUUAGACCUGCGAUAUGACACCCCAGAACCUUAUUCUGAGCAAGACCUCUGGGACUGGCUGAGGAACUCCACAGACCUUCAAGAACCUCGGCCCAGGGCCAAGCGAAGGCCCAUUGUUAAGACGGGCAAGUUUAAGAAAAUGUUUGGAUGGGGUGAUUUUCAUUCCAACAUCAAAACAGUGAAGCUGAACCUGUUGAUAACUGGGAAAAUUGUAGAUCAUGGCAAUGGGACGUUUAGUGUUUACUUCAGACAUAAUUCCACUGGUCAAGGGAAUGUAUCUGUCAGCUUGGUGCCCCCGACAAAAAUAGUGGAAUUCGACUUGGCACAACAAACCGUGAUUGAUGCCAAAGAUUCCAAGUCCUUUAACUGUCGCAUUGAAUAUGAAAAGGUUGACAAGGCUACCAAGAACACACUCUGCAAUUAUGAUCCUUCAAAAACCUGUUACCAGGAGCAGACCCAAAGUCAUGUAUCCUGGCUCUGCUCCAAGCCCUUCAAGGUGAUCUGUAUUUACAUUUCUUUUUAUAGUACAGAUUAUAAACUAGUACAGAAAGUGUGCCCUGACUACAACUACCACAGCGACACACCUUACUUCCCCUCUGGAUGAGGAUGAACAUGAGUUUGAGACUGAAGCCUGAGGAAUUAUAGGUCAUAUGACAGGGCCGUUACCUCAAAGAAGAAGGUCACAUCUGUUGCCUGGAAUGUGUCUACACUGCUGCUCUUGUCAACUGGCUGCAAAUAUGCUAGUGGAAAACAAUCAGAUGUAACUCUGCCCAGUCAGCUCCAUCUCUCAGUAUAGUUGUAAAUCACCAGAUUUUAAAGCCACACUCAAAGACAUGCUUUCACACAUAGAUGUACACGAACACACACUUUUACACAUUUCAGCUUGCAUCUGUCAUGAUUCCUGUCGAGAGGGCUUUCAUUGUCUGACUCACAAUGGUUCAGGAUGAAAUAUCAUCAAGCGAAAGGAUUAACUAGACAGUGAAUGGUUUCUAACAUUUGCUGUUGUGGAAAUCUCUUUUGAAGUCUUGAGUACAUGCUAAUCAAUAGUCCCCACUCAUGCAUUCCUACUGCUUGGAGUAGCUGUGCUGGUAAAUACUACUGUAGGAGUAUAUGCUUGUUAACAUGGAAACAAUAUGUCUUUAGAGCUCAGUAUCCUUUAUUUUAUGAACAACAACAAAGUGUAGUAACUUUUUCCAGCAUACGGUAGGCACAUUCAAGGUGAUAAAAGAUGGCUCUUUUUUCUAUGGAGGGAGCCUGUUCUCAGUAAAGAUGAGCAAACAUUUGGAAUUUACACGUGGGCAGACACUGGAUUAUGGCGUUCAUCACCAACCUUUGGACUUCUGCAAAGUUGAGACCAACAGAAGCCGCUCAAAACAAGUUCUGAUCAUUAUGUAAGAAGGGAAAUGCCUGACAGACACCAUGUAAGUUGUAAGUGUCUGUCUUAUCUUUACUACACAUAUUGUAACAAAUUCAAUACCCUAGUCUUCAUUUGUAUGAAUGGUUUGUAUUGUACAUAGUUUAACCAAGUGUUAUUUGAGCUGCUUAUUAAUAUUAACUUGUACUUGUCUCUCUGCUUGUUAUUGGUUAAAAAAGAAAAAAAGGAUAUGAGGAAUCCAUUUUAUCAAUGUAGCUGUGAAUUCCAUUAAAAAAAGAAACUUGAUGUA